AUGCCUUCAAACGAAAGGAAGUCCUGGAAUCACAUUAAGCCCCACACUAGUAUUAUCGAAUCCGUGCUCCCCCAGCACCUUUCCAGCAAUGAAACCCCUGCCAACCCAGCCGUCCUCUCAACAACGGGACUCGUCUCACUAAUGGAAACCGCCAGCGCGGAGGCGCUGACGGACACGCUCAAAGACACCAAUUGCUUAAUCUCAGUGCCAGCGCGCAUGUCAAUUAACCACCUGCGUCCUGUGGGAUCAGGAACAACGCUGCGGGCAACAGCUCAGUUCAAAGGCACUGACAGCACCGACAGCAACACCCUCGAAUUCGAUGUUCUCGUCCACGCCCACGAGUCAAACACAAUCAUCGGAAAAGGCACUUUCUGGCGCACAAUAACAUGCAAGGAAAACCUUGAAAAUACGGCUUACCUCACCGGCAUGGGACGAUCGCCCACCGAAACCGAAUCAGCUUUUCGCACGUACAUCCAACAGAAAACCGCCUCGAUGCCUUGCUCCAGAUCCCAGGAUAACACGCAUCAUAAAUCCGCCUGCGAACUGUGCUAUCCAUUCCCCAAACGUUUCUGGUCCGGCGCUGCAGACCCCGCCCACGAUCCCAUCUCGCGCGGCUUCCUGCACGCCGUGCACCACGGAUCCCCGCGAUUAGUGGAGUCGUGGAUUAGCAGCGGUAUUGACAUUCCACCAGCCGUACUAGAUAGCGCGCUAUACACGGCUGUAUGUACACUUCGGGCAGAUAUCCUCGAACACCUCAUCCAGCGCGCCGGGGCGGACCCGUUGGCGUGGAAGUCGACGGAUAUCAAGGCGCAGAGUAUUAUUUUGGUUGCGCUGGGCGUGCCCUCUGGUAGACAUAGUCGUUUUCAGGAUGAGUAUGCACAUGCACACCCACUUCUAGCGGCUGCUGGUGUGAAUGGGACUACUGCGGAGGUAAUCAGAGUUCUUCUCCGUGCUGGGGUCAGUCCGAAUUGUUUCGAAUCGGAGACGUAUUGGUCUGCGUUACACCUUGCGGUGUGGAAUAGUGAUGUUGAAUCUGUUUCAGUGUUGUUGGAGUUUGGGGCAGAUCCAAAUAUAACGGAAGAUGAGGAUUGGACGCCGCUGCAUGUUGCGGUGCAGUGUGGAUAUGUUGACGCUUUGGCUGUAUUGCUGGCAGGUGGAGCCGAUGGGGAGAGCAGGACGGGCAAAGGGGACACGCCUGUUAUGCUUGGGGUACGGCUGAGACAGGAAAUGACUGUGAGGACCUUGCUACAUGGGGGGUGCAAGGCAGGUCUUGGUCCGGGGAGGGUUUCUGCUUGGGACUGGCUGGGUGGUGCGCCAGUCCCUGGUUUAGAGGGCUACGGGAAUGGGCGGGCAUUGCGGCCGUGACGAUGUUUCAGCUAGUUAGUUGUUAAUUCCAAUGUUAUGCC